GAGACAUACAAUAUUUUACGAUUCAUCUUCAACUAAGAUUUUUAUGUAAACAUCGAAGGGACUUAUACAGUAAAACACAGCCCAAAGAAUUAAGAAGAAAAAAGAUGAUGAUGGAAAUGGCUGCAGAGUCAGAAAGUGAGACGCCGGUUUCGUCAGCUCCGGCGACGCCGGGGACGCCAGGGGGGCUGCUGUUUUUCGGUCGUCACCAGUUGGAUUCUGCGUCGUAUGAUCGGAAACAAAUGCCGCCACGGCAGAAAUGCUUCCCGGCCGUGAACGCCACCACUCAUCACUUCCCUUCUCUUGAUGUCUCUCUCGCUCGGAAGCUCGGAGCAGAAUUUGUGGGAACAUUUGUCCUCAUAUUUGCUGCAACUGCGGGACCUGUCGUCAACCAGAAGUACAACAAUGUGGAUUCUGUUAUAGAAAAUGCCUUGUGCUCCGGGCUAGCGGUGAUGAUCGUCAUUUUCGCCGCCGGCCACAUCUCCGGCGCCCACCUCAACCCAUCACUCACCAUUGCCUUUGCCACUCUCCGCUACUUCCCAUGGCUUCAAGUCCCCGCCUACAUCGCCACCCAGGUCUCCGCCUCCAUCUGCGCUUCCUUCGCCAUCAAGGCCAUUUUCGGCCCUUUCAUCUCCGGUGGUGUCACCGUCCCUUCACUCAACACCGGACAGGCCUUUGCUCUCGAAUUCCUCAUCACUUUCAAUCUCCUGUUCGUCAUCACCGCCGUCGCCACCGACACUCGCGCCGUCGGAGAGCUGGCCGGAGUCGCUGUGGGAGCUACGGUGAUGCUCAACAUUCUCAUCGCAGGGCCAUCAACUGGUGGUUCAAUGAAUCCAGUGAGGACUCUAGGACCGGCCGUGGCCGCUGGAAAUUACAGGCAGUUAUGGCUAUACUUGGUGGCUCCUACUCUCGGGGCCAUUGUCGGUGCCGGGACCUACACUGUCGUGAAGCUUCGAGGUGAUGAAGUCGAAGUUCCCGGACCGUUAAGUGGCUUUCGUCGCUAAAAUAAUAACAAAGAUUAAAA